AUGUCCACAGAAACCUUCGGCAGCACCCUUCCCUGGGCAGAACCUCCCUGGUACACCGGCCGACCAAGCCCAUACUACAAAGACUCGCACAGACAUCUGCGCAAAGUCGUUCGUCAGUGGGUCGAGGAUAACGUCCGCACCGAGGAAUGGGAGGCAGCAGGCGAAGUGCCUAAAGAAGUAUACCUGAAAUGUGCCAAGGACGGACUCCUGAUGCCAAUUGCUGCUGGUCGAAGAAUACCGAGGGAAUGGUAUGGAUAUCCGAUUAUUGGCGGUAUUAAGCCGGAGGAAUGGGAUGGAUUUCAUGAUAUGGUGUCGUGGGAUGAGUUGUAUCGAGGAGGUGCCAUUUCGAGUAUAUUUGUUGGGCUGACUGUUGGUGCACCACCAAUAAGGCAAUAUGCGUCGGCGGAGCUUCAGUCAAAGAUCAUGCCACAGAUCUUGUCAGGAGAGAAGAGGAUAUCUCUUGCGAUUACCGAGCCUUCUGCUGGAUCAGAUGUGCGUAAUAUCACGACCACGGCUGAGAAGAGUGCAGAUGGAAAGCAUUACCUCGUCAACGGCGAAAAGAAAUGGAUCACCAACGGCAUAUUCUCGGACUAUUUCUGUGCUGCUGUACGUACUGGUGGUCCUGGAGCGGAGGGACUCAGCUUUCUGCUCAUCGAUCGAUAUCUGCCAGGCAUCAACUGUAGAAAGAUCGAGAUUGGAGCUGGCAAGCUCAGCGCGACUACUUACAUCACAUUCGAGGACGUGAAAGUGCCGACCGAGAUGCUGAUUGGCGCCGAAGGUGGUGGCUUUAGGUUCAUCAUGUCGAAUUUUAAUCAUGAGAGAAUAUGGAUUGUAUACCAAGCGCUUCGAGGUGCGAGGAUCUGUCUGGAAGAUGCAUUCAACUGGGCGUUGAAGCGAGAGGUCUUUGGGCAAACACUGAUCUCGCAACCUGUCGUCAGACACAAGUUGGGUAUAUGUGGGAAAAAGGUUGAUGCGCUGCAAGCCUGGACCGAGCAGAUUGUGUACGAGCUUGAUAAUCUGACUGAGAAAGAAGGAAACAGAAUGUUGGGCGGGACAACCGCAUUGCUGAAGGUAGAGGCUGGAAUGGUAGGAAAGUACGUUGUGGAUGAAUGUGUGAAGAUAAUGGGCGGACUAGGAUUGACGAAGACUGGACAAGGUGCGAGGAUUGAGGCCAUCUCACGUGGUGUUAUUGGCUUGAUUGUUCCUGGAGGUUCGGAGGAUGUGAUGAUCGACCUAGGUGUUAGAGAAGCACUGAAGUUGAGCAAAGCAAGAACAGCUGUUGGUUCGUCGAAGCUGUAG